CAUUGACCACUUCAUAUCCCAUGUCAUACUCACGCAUAUAUAUAUAAUUAAAAGUUUCAAGUAUAUAUCAAUCUAUCAAUCAAAUAAUACACACCCCGCAAGCCAUAGUGCACAAAACUUUCACAAAAGAAAUUGAAAGGUCAAUAUCCACACCUAUCAAUUUCUCACUAAACUUCAAAUUGCAAUUAUGCAAAACCAACGACCCUCCGGUAUCAUCAACCCUAAGUAUUGUGCUCCAUAUAAUGUUGACCUAGCAAUUGUGAGAAAAGUCCUAACAUUAUCUGAUAGCUUUACCGUCACCGAUGUCAAUGGCAAAAUUGUUUUCAACCUUAAGGGCUCUCUGAUAACCCUCCAUGACCACCGUGUCUUGCUUGAUGCCGCCGGCGAACCCAUUGUCACAUUACGCCGGAAGAUUAUGUCAGCUCAUGAUCAGUGGCAAGUUUUCCGUGGUGAAAGCACGGAGCUGAAAGAUUUGAUCUUUAGUGUAAAGAAAUCAUCAGUUUUCCAGCUAAAGACAAAAUUAGAUGUGUUCUUAGCUAACAAUACUAAAGAAGAAGUUUGUGACUUUAAGGUCAAAGGAAGUUGGUUCGAGCGAUCUUGUGUUGUUUAUGCUGGUGAAUCUCUCACCAUUGCUGCCCAGAUGCAUAAGAAGCACACUGUUCAAAGCAUUGCGUUGGGUAAAGAUAAUUUCAUAGUUACAGUGUAUCCAAAUAUUGACUAUGCAUUCAUAGUGGCACUGAUUCUGAUUCUUGACGAAAUUAACCAAGACAAGAAAAAAGAUUGAUUAUUGAGUUUUUUUUUAUGAUUUUCUCUGGGUUGUCUCGUUUUCAUCUAAAUGUUCAUUUAAGACAAAAACUGUGACAUAGUACUAGUGAACGGUUUUAAUUUCUUGCCGUCCUAUAUUUGCUUUUAAUGUUGUGCUUUACUUCUUUCCACCCAUAAUAAAUUUUGUAUAAGAGA